UAUGCAGGUAAAAAGAAUUGAAUUAGCCCUGCAACAGGUAAUACAGUAAAACUGAUUUGGGGCGCAGCAGUUCUUACUUUUCUACUCGUGUGUGGGAAUGAGUUGCCAAUCUUUUACUUCGGCUGAGACCUUUAUACCUCUGAAUUCUGACGCUUCUGCAACUCUGCCCCUGAUAAUGCAUCACAGCGCUGCUGAGUGCUUACCUGUCUCCAACCACGCCACCAAUGUGAUGUCUACAGCAACAGGACUACAUUAUUCUGUUCCUUCUUGCCAUUAUGGAAACCAGCCAUCAACCUACGGAGUGAUGGCAGGCAGUUUAACCCCGUGUCUUUACAAGUUUCCUGAGCACACCUUGAGCCAUGGAUUUCCCCCCCUCCACCAGCCUCUGCUGGCAGAAGACCCUAUGGCCUCUGAAUUCAAGCAGGAACUCAGGCGGAAAAGCAAAUUGGUUGAAGAGCCAGUAGACAUGGAUUCUCCGGAAAUCCGAGAACUUGAAAAGUUUGCCAAUGAAUUUAAAAUGAGAAGAAUCAAGUUAGGAUACACCCAGACAAACGUUGGCGAAGCCCUGGCAGCAGUUCAUGGCUCUGAGUUCAGUCAAACAACGAUCUGCCGAUUUGAAAACCUGCAGCUCAGCUUUAAAAACGCGUGCAAGCUGAAAGCAAUACUGUCCAAAUGGCUGGAGGAAGCCGAGCAAGUAGGAGCUUUGUACAAUGAAAAAGUGGGAGCCAAUGAAAGGAAAAGGAAACGCAGAACCACUAUCAGUAUCUCUGCUAAAGAUGCUCUGGAGAGACACUUCGGAGAGCAGAAUAAACCAUCCUCCCAAGAGAUCAUGCGGAUGGCUGAAGAGCUGAACCUUGAAAAAGAAGUAGUAAGAGUUUGGUUUUGCAACCGAAGGCAGAGAGAAAAACGGGUGAAAACAAGUUUGAAUCAAAGUCUGUUUUCUAUUUCUAAGGAGCAUCUUGAGUGCAGAUAAGAUUUUCCAUCACAUAAUAGCCACUUUCCCCCCUCGUUUUCCUUUUCUCCCACAGCAAAAUCAGAGAUAUUACUUGGCUGGAUUAAAAUAUUUAUAUUUCAUACCAAUAACUUCUAGUAUAACACUAUUUUUAUUAAAAAAAUUCCAAGUUCAAAUUAUAUUAUUUUAUAAGUAAUUAUUCCGAAAAGCCAGGGUGCAUAUUGUAAACCAAAGAUAUUAAAUGGAGAGAAGCAGAGCACAUCCUUCCCCUCCGUCUACUUCUCUGUCUUCAGACACACAAACAUGAGUAUACACAUGGAUCUUUUAGUUUGAAACUCCAUUUCUAAGGUAGACUUCUAAAUCUUUUAACCAGUGAUGUAAUGUACUUAAAGAAUAAAACCUGGGAAGAGCCGAUCAGAAAUUCAUUUAUGUUCUGCCCAUCAGCAGCCCUAGAAGUUCGCUUGGAUUAAAGUUUUGAACUCCAGGAGGUCACAGGUGUUUUAGAAUUUUCUCAGAGUUAAUACAUUUUAAUCAGAGUUAAUACAUUUGAAGGUACUAUUUAAGGCACAGAGCCCGGAAUAGUAGUUCGAGAUUUGCAAAAACUUUUCUGUAUAACCUGUAUAUUCUUAAUUAUUAGCUUUUUGAUGUUUAGCUAUAGAACAUACAUAGGUUGGAAGUACAGCUCAAGUUUUUGACUGCUUACUAGCUGAUACCAGGCUGUGGGAUAGAUCACUACUAAAAUAUAAGAUAGAUAGAUAGAUAGAUAGAUAGAUAGAUAGAUAGAUAGAUAGAUAGAGUUUAAUAAUUCAUGUGCCCUAAACUAUUAGUCCCGGUACCGAUAAAAAGGAAAAAGAAAAAAAAAAAAAAGAAGUUGCAACAAAGGAUGAAAAACAACUGGAUUGUCCGUUAUUUCUAAAAGUUGUGGGAAAUUUCCACUCACUCUCUUUCUUUUAGCAACCUCCUGCCAUUUGAAUGCAAAUGUUAAGAAAAUCCUACUACCAAAAAAAAAAAAAAGACAAUAGGGAAAGCAACUUUAAAAAAAAUUCUCUUAGGUUGCCUAUAUUUUCUAUUAUUAACUACUACUUCUAUUACUUCUUAUUAAGUGUUCAAAAAGAACUUUUACUUCUACUAAAGAGUAACAACACAAAUUUAAGUGAAUUAUAAAUCUGCCAUCUAGAGCAUUUUAGGAAUGUAGCCAAAUCACAUGACUCUACUUUCUCUCCAGUCCAGAAGUCUUCUGUGGUAUCCAGCUUUGACUGAAACAGUAAUGACAAAGACGUACACAUUUAAAAGUAAAACUUAAACUCCACUACAGAAAUUAUCAAAUUAACUAAGAAAACCAACACUUCUUAUGCUUAUUUAAUUUUCAAACAUCAGCAAUGUACCAUUGCUAAGUCCUAAAAAAGAAAUUUUUGUUGUUGUCAUUAAAUGUAAGUAGCAGAGUGAUACAAUUUUACUUUUAAGAAUACAAUAAAGGUUGCUCUUUUGGAAAUCAGCAAGUAUAUCUAAACACUAAAUUUAGCAGAAGCCAAAAAGAGUAAAAGACAAGGGAAAAAAAAACAGUAAUAAAUCUUUAUUGAGAUUUUUAACAAAAUAAUUUUUUAAAAACCCACAUGUAAACAAGAAAGUAAAUACAGUUAGAUGGCAUUAUUAUGUACAUCCAAGAAUUGAAACAUGUUCAAGUUAAUAUUCUAUAAUCCAGUACAAUAUUUUCAUUCAUCACUGCUCAGGGCAAUUAGGAAUUAUUUAAGACUAUCAAUAAUGAAUCCUAAUUUUUAAAGAUAAAGUGAUCUAUGAAUUCUUAACUAAAUGUCUUAGGCUGGGGAUAUAGCUCAGUGCAUAGCACCUGCUUGGCAAGUGCAAGGUCCUGAGUUCAAUUCCUGGUACAAAACAAAAACAAAAACAAAAACAAACUAAAUAGCUUAGUUUUUUUUACCCAAUUUAUAUGUUACAUGUAAACUUGUUCUAAAACAUACUUAACUUUGUCAAUAUUAGUCCAAAAUGCCCACCAUUUCAAAUUAACUAGGUUACAUAUAUUUAAUCUCCUCCAAGAUUUUUAUGAUAGACUGUUUUAGAACUUAUGUGUCACAAGUGUCAUCUUUCAAAGCUAACCUAAUUCUAAAUUCUAUUUCUAUCUAAUGUAGCACUCCAUUUUCCUUCUGCCCUCUCUAUACAUAAAUAUCAUGACAAUGUUAGCUAAAA